AUGCGUCCCGAUGGUAUUACUGCGGAAACUGGCUUCCCCGAAGCUUCGAAUGGAUCGUAUCCUUCAGGAACGAGCAAGACCGCGUUAAACGGACAGUCCGCUGCCAACGGGAACUCCCACACCAACGGCUCCAAACCACCCCACUCCUCCACCUACUAUGGCCACAAUCGAGAGGAGGUGACACGGAUCCUGAUCCAGAGUCUACAUGAACUGGGGUAUACGUCGUCCGCGGAGCGAUUAAGCUCGGAAAGUGGCUUUGAGCUGGAGACUUCGGGUGUCGCAACGUUUCGGAGUGCUGUGCUAGGUGGUAGAUGGGUAGAGGCUGAGAGGAUCCUAAUUCAGUCAUUCCGCAAUGCUGGUUCUCAACCGGACCAGGAUCCUCCGCCAGAGGAGACACUGGUAUUGGCAGCCGACGCCGAUAGGAACGCAAUGCUGUUCCAUCUACGACAACAGAAGUUCCUGGAGCUAUUAGAAGAGCGGGAUCUCGCGGCCGCUCUCGGGGUGCUCCGACAGGAGCUGACGCCGUUGAACUUCGAUGUUGAGCGUCUUCACGCCCUCUCAAGCCUUCUAAUGUGCCCGACUGAGCUAUUGCAUGAUCAGGCGGGGUGGGAAGGGCCUGUCAGUUCAUCCCGCGAACGCCUUCUUGGCAAGCUGUCAGAGUCGAUUUCCCCGUCUGUGAUGAUCCCCCAACACCGUCUCGCAAUCCUGCUGGACCAUGUAAAGUCAACCCAGAUCAACAACUGUUUAUAUCACAACACUGCCGAGUCGCCGUCUCUUUACUCAGACCACAUGUGCGACCGAAAUGACUUCCCUCUGGAAGUCAAUGUGGACUUGAAUCAUCAUUCCGAUGAAGUGUGGUACUGCGAAUUCUCGCAUGAUGGCUCGAAGCUGGUCACUGCUGGCAAGGACCACAACGUGCUGAUCUACGAUACGACGGAUUUCAGUGUUCUUCACCAGCUUACAGAUCACGAAAAGGGCGUGGCGUUCGCCAGUUGGAGCCCGGAUGACACCAAAUUGAUUACCUGUUCACAAGAUAACAAAGCACGAGUAUGGAGUGUUGAAAGUGGACGCUGCCUGCUUUCUGUCAACCACCACCGCCAACCAGUAACGGCAGCCGCUUGGGCAGCCGAUGGUGAAAGUUUCGUAAUAGGUUCCCUUGAUGCCGAAUCCCAGCUCCGCCAUUGGAGUAUAGGUGGCCAAGCCAUACAUGCGUGGAAAGGCGGGUAUCGUGUACAAGACUGCGCCAUCAGCGCGGAUGGACGACGCCUUGUUGCCGCCGACACGGAGGCCAAAAUCCACGUCUACAAUCUCCUCACACACGAGGAAGAUUACUGUCUCCCACUCCCUAGCAAACCGACCUCCGUUGCUAUCAGCCAAGAUUCUCGCCAUGUCCUUAUAAACCUGGCCGAAGGUGAAAUCCAGCUAGUCGACAUGGAAACAACCUCUGUUGUGCGCCGCUUCAAGGGGCAAAAACAAGGCGAAUUUGUCAUCCGUAGCACGUUUGGAGGAGCGGCUGAGAAUUUCAUCGUGAGCGGCAGCGAGGACUCCAAGGUGUACAUUUGGCACAAGGAGAACGGAAAUCUCGUCGAGACUCUAGAGGGCCACAUUGCAGGCUGUGUGAACUCAAUAUCAUGGAACCCGACCAACCCGGGAAUGUUCGCAUCAGCAGGCGACGACAACACAGUCAGAAUCUGGUCAAGAAAUUGUAACAGGCCCCGUCCAGGUCCCGCGCCCCGAAGCCGAGUCCCUUCCAACGGAGUAACGCAAACUAGCGCCUUGAGAACCACUACUUUCGGUUUCUGA